AUGCUGGCUGGGAGGCCGGGAGCCAGAACCGCGGUCCCAGGACUGGGCACUGACUCCUCCGACACCCGCGGCAGAGCGCCCCUCGGUCCCCAAGAGAGCGGCGGGCGUCACCGACCUGGCGCUUACCUAGAAAUGAAAAUCCACCUAGAGAAAAAUUUAGAAGAAGAGCGCCAAAUAUUACUACAGCAACAAAAAAUAUGUCGAAAUCGAGCACGUAAAUAUUUUGUGGAGUCAAACCGGAGAAAAAAGGCUUUUGAAGAAAAACGAAAAGAACAAGAAGAAAAAGAAUAUCAAAUCAGAGAACAAAUACUUCAACAAAGAAAACAGAAAUUUGAAGAAGUUACUGAAAAAUUUCAGCGUGGCCAUAUUCCUCUUUCACAACGGAGAAGAGAAGUUUUUCAAAAACCAGUUCCUCCUUUAGAAGAGGCUCUGAAACAAAUUCAGGAAUCAAACUUAAAAUCAGAACUAAACCUUCCGUUUUCUCACAGGACAACCAUAAGCUGGAAAGCUAUAGAUUCUGCCUUGCCUUCAGCUUUGUCAAAAAAUGACCACAAGUAUCAGAAACAUCUCUUAUCCAAAAAUGAUGAUAAUAAAGAAAUGAAGGAAAACAGCAAGACAAACUUAGUUUCUAAGAAAAAUGUAUUCCAGCUUAAACUAGAGGAAACUGAAAAACUCCUAAAAGAUCAGCACUUAAGCAGUUUGCAAAAAUUUUGUGAUGAAGUUAAUCGAAUAACCAAUUCUGAAACCCUCUCAAGUAUAGACAGUCUAGAGGUUGGAGAACGUGAAGAAAUAUAUUUAACACUUAAUAAGGAAUCUUCUACAUCAAUCCAGCCAAAUUCUCUUUCCCUUGGAUCUGCAAAUCUACAAUCAGCUAAUCCAAGUUGCUUUGUUGAAGAUAAACUGUCAUUCUCCAAGACUCAACAUAUAAAUAAUUGGCUAACAAAUAUAGAUGCUCCAACUACUCAUGCUGUAGCACCUUUCUCAGAUAUUUUAAGUAAAUCUAAUGUACCUUCCUGGGAACAAACCCCAUCUACUUUCAGUACAACCAUGGAAAGAACCACAAGUACUGCAAAUAAUUCAGUAACCUUUGUGUAUAGUCCACCUGUAUUUGAAGUGGAUAUAAAAAGAGGAAAAUCCUCUGAAACAAGCACUAGGAGCACAACUGACUGCACUUCUGAAGCAUUCAAAAAUGAGAGGCCAUUAGUUACCGAGAGCCCAACAUUUAGAUUCAGUAAAGCCUGGACUGCUCCAGAUUCUGUAGCCCAGGAAGUGGCUACAUUUUCAGACCAACAGAAGCAUUCUGAAGGAACUCAAGCAAAUAGAACUACUUCAGUUCCUACUUCAUUUGUAUCAGCUGCAACACCUUUAGUUUUGCCAUCUAAUACACAAUCAGCUAGGCCUUUAGCAAAGAGCAGUAUACACAUAAAAGAAAUCAACCCAAUGCAGUGUUCUGAUAAGUUAGAUGAAUUGAAAGAUGUUAAAGAUGAAAAGAUGAAAUAUUUUAACUGUAAUAAGGAAGAGUUGCCUUUAUUUUCAGGCAAUUUUCAAGCUGCCUAUUCACCUCACAAUUCUAGUUCAAAAGAUAAAAAACAAAAAGCAUCUGAAACAUUAACAUCAUUGUCUAAUAUAAUUUCUAAUUAUGAUUUAGUUGGCCAACACAAGAAAAUGAAAUAUAACAUUCAUGAGAGAAAUGGUGUGAGGUUUCUUAAAAGUAUUUUAAAGAAAGAAUCUAAAUAUGAACAUGAUUAUCUUAAGGCAAUUAUUAUAAAUCAAGGCUUUACAUUUGGAAAUCAAAAAGCAUCAGCUAUCAGAGAUAGUAUUGAGUUAACAAAACAAAAAGGGAAAGGUACAGAAAUCCCAAAGACAAUUAAAAAAUUGAGGUGGUUUGAUGAAACUGGCAAUAUAGAAAAUAAUGCUGAGGAUGGUCAUGCCCUGAAAAACAGAACAGGAAUAACUCAACAGUGGUCUCCAGAAUUCCACGCUGAAAGUGAUGCUGACAGCAACAUAAUUAGUAUUCCUGCUUGUGCUGUAAAUUCAGAUGAUAGAAAGAAGUCCAAGAAUAUUUCCAUCUCUGACAAUGCCACUUCUUUAGGAAGACAUGGAAUGGAUCAUGUGCCUUUGAAUUGUUUUCUACCUUCAGGUUAUAAUCUUGCUAAACAAGCCUGGUCAGCCUCAACUAAAGAAGAAAGUAAUAUCCCUGUACAUAUUGGUAAUUCUAAAACUCAGAAAGAUGAUCCACAAAGAGGUGGAGCAAAAGUAAUCAGAAGAGCAGGAUCUGCCAAAGUCCAACCAGGCCGUAUAUAUACAAACAGAAAAGGCACUGUCAUUCAGCCACCCUCUGCAAGCAAAGCCAACACAUUUAUACAAACUCAGGGUAAACUAAUUAUACCUCAUCCUCCUCCUAAACCUACUUCAGAUAUCAGAAGUGGUAAAAAUAAACAAAUGUCUCACUGUCAAUCAGUAAUGCCUGAAAAUUCUCAAAACAUUAUUGGAUAUAACUGUUUUAAUUCAAUACAUUUGCUUCCAAAAGAACAUAAUUUGAAUCAGUGGAAUCAAGAACGUAGUCCUCUGCUCUCAGAUGCUUGUUCUGACCUAGUCACUGUGAUACCGUCUCUACCAUCUUACUAUUCUUCUGAGUGCCAUACUCUACCAAAAACAAACCAUUCAAAUGGCGCUCAAAUGAUUGCUCAGCAAGAUGGGACAUUAUAUUGCACUCAAAGCAGUCCUGUUUAUGAAGAAAGUUACCAGUCUGUGACUCUAAAAACUAUGGAGGAAGAUUCAGUUCUCUUGUGGAAAAGAGGGAAUAAUACUCCGCAUCAAAAUGAGAGGCCCACUGAUUCUACUGUUACAAGGAGAAAACAAAUUGUUGGAAAUAAGCCGAGAAAUAUUUUUGCACAGAAAAAACAAAACCCUGGAUCUGUAAGACAGAAGUACAGUGAGCGAAUUAAUAAUUUUGGACCAAGUGUCCAGCUAGUUUCAAGUGAACCAAAAGAAACUGUAAGGGGUACAUCUAAUAUUGAAGAAGUUUCAGAUAGUACUUCUGAGUUUUUGAUGGCUGAAAACCUGGUGAAUGCAUCAGUACCUGAGGAUGAAAUUUUAGCUUUAAUAAAGAGCAAGCAGAGAGAGAAACCAAGUCUGGCUUUAAAUAAGACUCAGCAAUUCAAUAUCUGUGCAUUAUCAGCUGAAGAACAGAAGAUCCUACAAUCUCUUGAUCAUCUUAAUGAAAGAUUACACUAUCUACAAGAAACCAUGGGCAAACAUUCAUCUAUCAAAAAUACUUUUCAAAUAAUACCGUUUCUGAACAGCCAACCAAGAGCCAGUCCAUCUCCUGAUGUUGGAUCCAGAUUACAAAGAAAAUUCUGAAGCAGUAUAAUAGUAACUAUUUAAUGGAAUCAUUAUUUUUU